AGCAUCGAGCCACGCCUUCCCGCUGCCUACGUCACUAUGGACUAUUUCCCCCCGCAAAAAAACGUAUUUCUCUAUUUAUCGUAAGCAGAGACACAAAGUGUCUUUUUUCUCCUAUUCUAGUUUUUUAACAACAUAAAAUAUAGUUGUUCAUUUUCAAACAAAAGGCGGUGUUAGUAGCUACUAAUAAUAACAAUCGUAUUACUACACAUUAAAAAAGUGUAGUAAUACGGUUGUAUUCAAUUGUAUUCGACGUACAUUUAGAUGAAACAAAUAAUCUACUAGAUGGUUCAAUAAUUUCGUUUUGCUAUUAAGGUGGCUGUUUGCGCAUUUCCUGCGCAGCCGUGAUCCCUAUACAACAACAUUGGACUACUUCCUGUAUACAAAAGCCAGACGGAUUAACCUAGUUCUGUAUGUAUGUGUUGGACCUUCCAAGUGUACUAAUAGUGAGGUGAUGCUUGUUCGCUACGUUUAUUAACGAGACACGCAGUUGUACAACGUUUAGCCUACAAGUACCGCCGUGUUCAAGCAGUUCAAAUGGCGAGACAACGACACUGUUAACCGACGCCAGCCGGCCGGGCGCCGCGAGAGACCUAUUGACCGACAUACUCAGGAUACGAUUCGAUCGUCGUCCCGAGCCAUGUGGUUCAAUCAAGUCGACGGUGGCUCCAACCCCCUGCAGUCCAGCGAGAACUUCAGACAUGCUGCAACCCAGUCAAACAUGACCCCCAUCAGAAUGAGUGCACCAGCGAUGGGAGGACAUGAUGUGUCAAGUCUGAACUUCACUGGUUUCUCCACCACAAUGGAGAACUUUCCAUCAGUUCCACAGAGUGCCACCUGCCCGCCAAGUUUAGAGACGCUGUCCUGCUCUUCUCCAAGUGCUGGACAAGUGAGAGAGCUGGAUCCAAUCUCCUACAUCAGCCUGCAGGAGCAGCGCUGUGUCCUGAGCUGGUUCCAGUCCUGGACCCCACCACAGAGAGAACGGUUCCUGCAAGAUCUACUGGGAAAAGCGGUGCCUGGGAAAGUCUGCUCCCUUUUGGAUAGUCUCAGUACUCUCCAGGUGAAAGACAGACUGCCAAACAUAUUUGAAUGUCAGCUUCGGCUGUGGAGCCAGUGGUUCGAGUCCUGGGGAGAAGACGAGCGCAAUCAUUUCUUGCACAUCUUGGAGGAGAAAGAUCCAGUAUUUGUUGCUAAUUUCUACCGAGGUGUAGCAGCUACUGCGGGAAGAGACUAAGUGGUGCGGUAGAUGGGCAGGAUGAUUGAUGUUUCUUACUAAGAAUGUGCAUUUAGAAUGUUUUGAAACUUGUAAAAAAAAAAAGAAAAAAUCUGAGAAAAAAGUCACUUGAUAUCAUAGGGCUACGAGAUGUCCGUUUUUUUGUAAGCAAUAUCCAAACAUUGAAAAUCUGACCGGAAGGAGUCGGGCAGUUUAUUACCUUAUUCAUCAUGGUAAAAUAUGUAUUUUGAGAGGUGAUGGUUGAAUGGCAUGUUCAUUUUUUAAAUGGUCUUUUUGGUAGAUGUACACACAUGAAUAAAAACAUUUACAUUUACUUUUGUUUAUUGCAAAGCAAUGGUGGAUGUUUUGUGUGGUCGGAUCAAAUCUCAUUUGCAAAUCAGCAA